AUGAUGAGGCAAAUUACCAAUGAAGACCUUGCAGACACGGCCGGGGCGCUGCUUCGUGGUUCUGGUGGAGGAGACCCGUUGGCGUCAACAUUUUUCUUGGUGGCAGCGUGGAGGCACUUGCAUGGGGACCUUCACUUCAAAGCAACAGCCACGCUUAGCGUUAAGGGAGGGUUGGCAGCGCCACCUUCCCCGCUUGAGCUGGGGGCGUUUCAGGAGUUCUACACUGACAGCGACAACGUCGCCCCCAAUGGCACAGUCAACUACACCUUCCCUACCCAGGAGUCCCAUCUCACGAACGCCAGCUUGUGCAUCGAUGGCGACCCGACGACCUACUUCCUGCUGCAGCCCCACCCGGAGAUCGAGACGGACAUCAUGAUCGACCUCGGCGCCGUGUACAAGGUGAUGAGCAUCGAGAUCCGCUUCGCUUCGUUCGGCGGCGACACGUACUUUGCGAGUCGCUUCACGACCCUCAUGGGCAUCACGAACCAAAACUUCGACAUGUUCCAGGUCGACCAGCAGCAGGGCUCACGAGUGCUGGUCCACUACGUCCAGGUCUAUCGCCUGGGCCGCUUCGUGCGCUUCGUGUUCGACCAGGUCUUCGGCCUAAAUCCAGAUGGCCGCCUGGGCAUCGAGGACUUCAUCGUCAGGAAGGUCAGCGAUAACCUGGCCCUCCGAAGUGGUGUCACGACGGAUGCGACGACAAGCUGGGCCAACUGCAUCGACUGCCAGGUCGUCCAUGGGACACUGUGGACACUGGAGCCCAUGGGACACCUGCUCGAGGACCUUCAAGUUCCGGGAGACUUGCUGCAUUUGCUCUGA